GGCCCAAAUUUUCAAUUUCUUUCUUUGAUAUUUCUAGAGGAUAACAAGGCCACAAAAAUCCCCUCCCCUCCAUUUUCUGCACUACGCUCACAGAUUUAUCUGCACAAAAUCUUAAAAAUAAAUUUCCAUCAUAAACCCUUUAAUCUGAAUGCUCUGUUUAGCUAAACCCCACUGAUGAGUUUAGCUUGGAUUGCUCAAAGAUGGAAGCUUUUUCAUUCAAACCCACAAUUGGUAGCAUCAAUACUUGUGACGCUGGAUUGUUAGUCCCUUCUUUUUCAACCCCCAAAAAGCUUUCUUUUUACUGGAAAUUCAAGAAAGUUGGGAUCUUUGCUUGUAAAGAUGGAGGUGAAGUUAAUGGGGAGGAUGGAAUGAGGUUUAAGGUUGGAAAGAUGCUUAGUGAUGACCCUAAACUUGCUCUCUCUAAGAUAAUUGGCCGAAAUUCAAACCGAGAUAUAUCUAAUUUGGGAAUUGAGAAAUUGUUAUACAAGAAUAAUGAUAAAGAGUUGAGAUAUAGUAGAGAGGUAGUUUCCAAGAAAGGUGUUAAUCUCGAAGUUGAUGAUAAACCAAGCUUAUCUAGUGUUAAGAAGCCAAGCCUACCAGUUCUAAAUGCUGUGGAUAAUAGGAUAGGCAGUGUUCCUCAUGUUAUAUUGCGGAAACCACCUGCAGUACUGGAAGAUGAUACUGGGAACAACAAUUUGUUGAAAUUCAAGAUUCAGCCAAAUUUGUCAUUGACUAUGGGGAAAGGUAAGGCAAAGGAGAGGUUUAGUGAUUUCACCUUAGUAACGAAGACUGAGGCUGUUACUUCCAUCGAUCACGGUAAACAUGAAUAUUUUGUGAAUACAAGUGCAAUAGCUACCAGUGAUUUCCAUAAAAACAGCAUAAAAAUCGACUCACAGUCUGCUUCAAAAUCAGACAAUGUGAAAGCCAAUGGAAAGUCUGUGCUGUUAGAUAUUAACCAUGAACAAAACUCUAGUGAGGAACAUAAUGUAUCAACCUCUGUUGAAGAUCUCUCAGUAGUUGGUGAUUACAGCCAAUUCAAUGAUUCUCUAGCAGGAUCGCAGCCACUUCAACAAAGUGAUAUAGGGUCCUCUUUGAAAACUGAUCCUAGUGUCGAAAAAUCUAAGGAACAACUAGUAAAUGCAAGCAGCAGUACGUAUAAGGAAGCUACACUGCAUAAACCAACAAGAUUAGAUCAAUCUGUGAGACCCGCCUCAAGUGCUCUAGCUGAUAAAAAGCUAGUUAGGAAACAAACAAAAUUUGACAGUGCUGUGCUUAGGGACCUCCCUAUAUCAUCACCUAAUAAUGAACUUGAAGAUAUAGACUGGACAGCAGCCGAAGAUCUGGUGAAGACUGGACAUAGAGAUGAAGUGGAAUUGAUAAGUGCUAGUACACGGGGAUUUGUUGUAUCUUUUGGCUCUUUAAUUGGAUUUUUACCAUAUAGAAAUCUUGCACCUAAGUACAAGUUCUUCGCCUUCGAGACAUGGUUGAGAUAUAAAGGCUUGGACCCAGCUAUGUACAAGCAAAGUCUAAGCGUAAUUGGAAAUUCUAAAGAUACAAGCAAGGCUACUGCUCUGUAUUCUAGUUUAGACAUACAAAUUGAUCCGGAAGUUACAAGCAAUAUGGAGCUUGAAGAACUGCUUACAAUUUAUGAUGACGAGAAGUUCAACUUUUUGACAUCCUUUCUUGACAAGAAACUUAAAGUUUAUGUUAUAUGCGCGGACAGAAAAUCAAGAAGGCUAUUAUUUUCUGUGAAAGCAAAGGAACAGGAAGAAUCAAUUGAAAAAAAGAGAAACCUUAUGGGAAAACUGACUAUUGGAGAAGUAGUGAAAUGCUGCAUAACAAAGAUUACGUACUUUGGUAUAUUUGUUGAGGUUGAAGGAGUUCCUGCAAUGAUUCACCAGACAGAAGUUUCAUGGGACGCUAAUGUAAAUCCAACUUCAUAUUUCAAGAUUGGCCAGAUUGUGGAAGCCAAAGUUCACCAACUAGACUUUUCACUUGAACGAAUAUUUUUAUCAUUGAAGGAAGUAGUGCCAGAUCCACUGACUAAAACCUUGGAGGCUGUAGAUCAUGUUACACAGAGCAGUGAAUCAGCAACAGCAGAAGCAGAUACUGAGUGGACUGAAAUCAAAAAACUAUUAAAAGAACUACAUCAAUUUGAAGGGAUCGACUCUGUUUCAAAAGGUCGAUUUUUUCUGAGUCCUGAUUCCACCCCAACAUUUCAGGUUUAUAUGGCGUCCAUGUUUGAGAAUCAAUUCAAGUUGCUUGCUCGAGCUGGAAACAAAGUACAAGAGGUGAUAGUAGAAACAUCAUUGGACAAAGAAGACGUGAAAUCUGCAAUUUUGACAUGUACUAACAGGCUCCAUAGCUGAGUAAUGUGUUAAAUAGUUAGUUUAUUGUUCUUAUUUGUGUGUCCCUAUUAUAUAUAUACAGCAUAUAUAAAAAAAAUAGAAUCAUUCUUUCGAUAGAAUUACACGUCUCAUCUUUGCUCCAGUCUCCUUUACGUUCUAAUUGUCAGAGAACUUAGAAAUUUUAAUACGAAGCUCCUCCCUUGUUCUCCAGUUCA